UUCAAGGGAGUCGUUAAAAAAAGGUCGGUGCUUCUGGGUUUUUCUUGUUCAUAACGAUAACGAGGAGAGGCGAUCCGAUCUGAUCCGAUCCGAUCCCUGCGGGCAAUGCAGUGCGGCGAAACCAAUCAGCAAUGGCCGCCGCCGCCGCCGCCGCCAGGCGCCAGCCUCCCGCCGGACAUGCUGGCCAACAUUCACGGCCGGCUGAGCCUCCUCGACCGCCUGUCCUUCGCCACCGUCUUCCACACCUCGCGCGCCGCGUUCAGGCCGGAGGCGCCGUGGCUCGUCCUGCCCGGCGACACCCCAGAGACCGCCACACUCUUCUCCCUCUCUGAACGCGGUGCCGCCACCGCGCGCGCCCCGUGGGCCGACCACGUCGUCCUGGGAUCCACCUCCCGCUGCUGGCUCGUCACGGCCGACGACGAGGCCCAGAUGUGCAUCGUUAACCCGGUCACCGGCGAGCGGUGCGCGCUCCCGGCCAUCACCACCAUCCCUGGCCUCAUCGAGAAGUGGGGUGGCUUCACGAUGGCCGAGCAAAAAGACUUCCUCAGGGGUCCGCCGUACCCUGGUGGCCGCGACCUCCCGCCGCGGGGGACGUAUACGAUUCGUGCCGACCUGAUGCGUCACUUUUUCUAUCGAAAGGUAGUUGUCUCUGAUUGCGCCGCCAUGCUGAUCACCACACCGCAACUCGGCGUCCCGGCCUUCUCCACGGCGGAGGGCGGCGAGUGGAGGCUGGCGCCCUCGCGCGACGGCGUCGAGGAUGCCAUACACUACAACGGCAAGUUCUACUCCAUCACCUACAAGGGCGGCGUGGAGGUGUGGGAGCAAAGCCCCGAUGCCACCGGCAUGUUCACCAGCGCGGUGGUCGCGCCAAGGCUGCCCAAUGCGGACGGCGAUCCGUGGUCAUGCCGCAAGUACCUCGUCGCGGCGCCGGGCGGGAGGCUGAUGGUGGUGCUCGAGGACUCCAAGGAGAUCACGGACGAAUACUAUGGUCGUCGUAGGACAUGCUCCUUCAAGGUGCAGAUCCUCGAUGCCGACGGCGAGCAGUGGAAGGAAACGGAUGACAUCGGCGAUGCUGCUCUGUUCGUCGGGGUGAAUAGUUCGAUGUGCGUGUCGGCGAGGGAGCACCCAGAGAUCAGGGCCGGCUGCGUCUACUACACCGAGAAUGAUGUGGGGCCGUGCAAUGACACAUAUGAUCAGAGUGGCGUCGGGGUGUUCAACCUCAAGGAUGGCAGGGCGGAGAAGGUCCAGGGCCUCGGGCAGCACCGGAACUGGCCACCGCCGGCAUGGUUCAUUCCUUCCAUCCAGUGAUAAAAAGAUAUGAUGAUUGAUUUGCCAAGCUAACAACAAGCUGCACAUUGUUUACUAGGAUGGAUAGAUUAUUUUGAAGGGAAUUCAUUGCAUGGUGCAGCAGAGACAUCUAAGAUUUUUCCAUGCUCUUGAAGGACGAAGUUGCUGCAUUUGUUGUGUGACCAAAUACAAAACUUUUCUCUAAAUUUGCGACCAUUUAAGACACAAGAAUUCUCUACUUGUCAUGUGAUUGUAUAAUUUUGCCAUGAUUUUAUGACCCCAAAAUUUCUCAAUUAGGCCAUGGAUGGUAACUAUUUGACGCA